CAUCGAAUACUCAGGCAGUUCCAAUAUGGACGACCAGGAACUUGGGCAAUUAGAAGUACUCUGCAAGCAGCUUUAUGAAAGCACCGAACCAGCGGUUCGAAGUCAGGCAGAAAAGGCUUUGAUUAGCUUCACGGAGUCACCAGACUGCCUGCAGAAAUGUCAGUACGUCCUAGAACGAAGCACUUCCUCCUAUUCGCAACUCCUGGCUGCUUCGUCCUUGAGCAAACUGAUUUCAAGAAACUCUGGUGUGUUAACUGUUCAACAAAAACUUGAUAUUAGAAAUUAUGUGCUAAACUAUUUGGGCUCAAGACCGAAACUACUCCCAUUUGUGAGACAGUCUCUCAUACAGUUACUGGCUAGGAUAACCAAACUAAGUUGGUUUGAUAGUCAAAAAGAGGAGUUUGUAUUCCGAAAAAUCACAGAAGAAAUAAAAGAAUUUCUUAAGGGGUCGAUAGAAUACUGGAUUAUUGGUGUACAAAUCUUGUCUACCACAGUGUGUGAUAUGAAUCAGGCCAGUUCAUGUCGUUCAUUAACCAAGCAUAGAAAAAUUGCUUCCUCGUUUCGCGACGUUGCGUUAUACGACAUAUUUAUUAUGUCUUGCUCGCUGUUGAAAGAAGCGUUUGAAAAACACAUCAAUCUACAAGAACAAAAUCAGCACGUGUUGAUGAGCGAGUUACUGCAGCUCACGUGCAAUUGUCUUACGUUCGAUUUCAUCGGCACGGCCUCGGACGAGUCAGCGGAUGAACUUGGAGCCGUGCAGAUACCAACCACGUGGAGAGAAACUUUCCUCAAUUUUGGAUCGCUCCAACUGUUUUUCGACCUUUAUCACGCUCUACCUGCAACACUCUCGCCUUUGGCUCUGGGUUGUCUGAUUCAAAUCGCUUCGGUCAGGCGAUCGCUUUUUAGCAAUGCCGAACGAUCAAAAUUUCUGGAUAAAAUUGUCAGUGGAAUUAAAGGAAUACUCGAUUCUCCGCAGUCUUUGGCUGAACGGAACAACUACCAUGAAUUCUGUCGUCUACUCUCCCGGCUAAAAUCAAACUAUCAGUUGGCAGAACUGGUCAAAGUCGAAGGCUAUUCCGCGUUAAUUGCAACCAUCGCGAAAUUUACUGUCACCAGCUUACAGAUGUGGCAGUUUUCUCCCAAUAGUAUUCACUAUUUACUUGGUCUCUGGCAAAGAAUGGUGUGUUCAACACCUUAUAUUAAGUCAACUGAGCCACAUCUCUUAGAAACAUACACACCCGAGAUAACCAAGGCAUACAUAACGUCCAGAUUAGACAGCGUUCAAGCUGUUAUAAGCGAUAACAUAGAAGAUCCACUCGAAGACCUAGGAACGGUUUCACAGCAACUUGACCAGAUAUCGACUAUUGGUCGAUUUGAAUACCCGAAAACCUGCACACUCCUAAUCUCAACAUUCGACCAGAAUGCACAGUCUUUUGAAGAAGCUAUCUUACCCGGUUCCUCGUCGUCCUCAAAUAUACCGCUCUAUGAAGGUCGGUUAACAUGGCUCGUGUACAUUAUCGGAGCGGUUAUCGGCGGCCGUGGUUCGACUUACACAACGUUUGAGGAAUACGACGCUUUAGAUGGAGAAUUAGUUUGCAGGGUGUUGCAGUUAAUGACUCUGACGGAUAGUAAACUUUCUCAGAGAGGGUGCGAGAGAAUGGAGCUAUCAUAUUUAAGCUUCUUCGACCAAUUCAGAAAAAUCUAUGUUGGUGACCAAGCUCAGAAGACCUCCAAGGCGUACAGAAUUGUAUCCGAACGUCUUGGUCUGCACGACGAGUCGAUGGUCUUGAGUGUUUUCGUAACAAAAAUCGUUACUAACAUCAAGUACUGGAUGCGAAGUGAUGCCAUUAUUCCCAAGACUCUACAACUGCUCAGUGACCUGUCCGUUGGCUACAGCAGUGUACGAAAACUACAGAAGCUUGAGGCAGUGCAGUUCAUACUUAGAAAUCACACUGCUGAACAUUUUCCAUUUCUUGGCGCCCACACUGGUGGACAGUAUUCCGAGAUGAGAUGUAGAACGACCUUCUACGUUGCGCUAGGAAGAUUACUGAUCGUGGAUCUCGGAGAAAACGAAGAAAAAUUUGAAGAAUUCAUGAUACCUUUAUCAGGCACAUUUCGUACGAUAACCUCGAGACUUCUUAAAGGAGAUCCGAAUGCAUUUCAAAUUGACGAAACAAAGAGAAUUCUGGUCGGGAUUUGCCGGGAUCUAACUGGAUUAACUCUUGCACUGACGAGUAAAACUAGUUAUAUGAUGUUGUUCGACUGGAUAUACCCCCAGUUCACCCCUGUUUUAAUUCGUGCAUUGGAACUCUGGUAUCACGACCCAAACGUCACCACUCCAGUUCUAAAGCUCAUGACAGAACUGAUGCAGAACAGAUCUCAGAGAUUGCAUUUCGGCGUCUCCUCGCCAAACGGAAUACUUCUUUUUCGAGAAUGCAGCAAAGUCUUAAUCGCAUAUGGAUCGCCUAUUCUGUCAAUCAAUGACGUACCCGCGGACAGAGCAUAUACUUUGAAGUUCAAAGGUAUUUCGAUAUGCUUCAACAUGCUAAAGGCUGCAUUGUCCGGAGGAUACGUUAAUUUUGGUGUAUUUAAUUUAUAUGGCGACGAAGCACUGAAUAAUUCGCUCAAUAUGUUCGUAAAACUCGCGUUUUCAAUACCAAGCAAAGAUAUCUUGGAUUAUCCCAAGUUAAGUCACGCCUAUUUCAAUCUAGUAGAAGUUGUCACGCAGGAUCAUAUGAAAUUUUUCAGCAACCUCGAACCAAAUAUCUUCUUGUAUAUAUUAUCGUCCAUUUCAGAAGGUCUGGUCGCACUAGACUCCAUGGUCUCGACGAGCUGUUGUGCGACCUUAGAUAACAUUGUAUCAUAUAUAUUUAAAAUCCUAUCCAAACGAAAUAAGCAAGCAUCUCAAGUAACGGCGACAGAGGAAUUCUCAUGUUUGACAACACUUGAGCUUAACCCUGACGUUUUACGACAGUUACUCUCCACAGUUCUCAAUAUAAUAAUGUUCGAAGAUUGUAAAAACCAGUGGUCAAUGUCAAGGCCUCUACUUGGUUUGAUUUUAUUGAAUGAAAAGUACUUUACCGAGUUGGAACAAAAUAUCGUGGCUUCGCAAGCGAUGAAUAAACAGCAGCCGAUGGUUGAAUGCUUCAAAGCUCUUAUGCAAAAUGUAGAAAGAUCUCUGAAUGGAAAAAAUAGAGACAGAUUUACCCAAAACCUGUCAGUAUUUCGUCGUGACGUUACCAACUUGUCGAAAAAUCCCAGCGAGAAUCCAGUCAACACGGAUAUGAUGAAUUGAAAGCAAGUCGAACUUGGCGUUAGAUCGAGCGAGCAGGAUAACAGGAAGAGCCAUUCGUGCUAAAGAAAGCCGAAAUAUGCAUGAAUGAGGUUAAGAUAAAAUAGAGGGUCUCGUCGAAAGCAGGUAGUAUAAAAGUUUAAAAGUCAGUGCAAAUUUUAGGUCUACUUAGAAAUUUGCACAAAACGCAAGCUGUUUGGAUUGGGAUGAAUGGUGGAUAUCGCCAUCUUUGACAUUGUGUUUUCUGGAAGUAGCUGCUCAGACCAGAUCUCCGUUCCCUUUAAUGUUUUUCCUGCAAGGAACUCAGUAGAAUAAAAAGUAGAAAUAGAAGGUCCUAUCUAUACAUUGCAAUUUAUUUCGUCGAAAAAGCCGAAGCAUGUUUUCUAUAAACCAACAUUUUUACGUAACAAAAAUAGGCAAUGAAAGAAAGACAAAAGAUACAAUAUCUUACUUGUGUCAAAUAUUGAGACACUAAACUUCGCAUAUAUUGACAAAGGACAGCGCACACGUUGACAUUGUUACCGAGUACAGGUGUUUGCAUUUUGUAAUCCUGCAGGCUGCAGAAUAAAUCCUAUCAUUUCUUUCUCGA